GAUCUCCCUACGCUCCGGCAAUCAUGGCAAAUAUUUCCUGGACUGAAGGAGCCUCCAAUGGGAGAGUUGCCAAUGCCAGUUCGGAAUUACACUUGGAAGCAGACUUCCAGUAUUCCUUGUUUACCGUCAUCUACAGCAUUGUCUUCGUGCUGGGACUGAUAGAAAAUGCCUUGGCUCUGUACCUCCUGUCCUGCAGAGUUAAGCACAUGUCUCACUCCUAUGUGUACAUGAUCAACCUAGCUCUGGCAGACACCUUGUUUGUUUGUGUGUUGCCUUUUAAAAUUCAUUACCACCUGAAUCGGAACAACUGGAUCUUUGGGGACAUGGUUUGUAGGAUCACUGGGACUUGGUACUACAUCAACAUCUGCUUAAGCAUUGCCUUUUUCACCUGCAUUUGUGUCGAUCGUUACAUUGCGGUGUUGCACCCCUUCACGUACAUCCAGAUCCGAGCCACCCAUUACGUGGUGGUGGUCACAGUCCUUUGGGUGGGCGCUCUGAGUGUCAUGGUUCCGCUUAUCGUUGGAGGUCCCCUCCACAACAGCGGCACGAGGAACACGACAGCGUGUUUUGAGAACUUUGCCACGAGUAGCUGGACUUACCGCAUGGCACCUUACAACAUCCUGGCCUUAGUUUUUGGUUUUGUGAUCCCAUUUUCCAUCAUCCUGAUCAGCUACCCUCUCAUUGCGAAGAGGAUCUCCCAGAUCAAACACAGCAUCCGCAAGAGGAAGGCCCUGAGCACCAUCUACAUCAUCUUGGUCAUUUGCACUUUGUGCUUUCUCCCGUAUCAUAUCACGCAUUUGCUCCACUUCUUAGUGAGAAUCCAGGUCAUCCAGAAUGAGGCGUUUACCCGCUUGAUCUACAAGAUGCGCAGGGUCACCUUGGCCCUCGUGAGUGUCAACUGCUGCCUUAACCCGCUCUUGUACUACUUCACCUCUUCCAGCAAGCAGUGGCACUUCAACCUCAAGCUCAGGUUCAGGUCUAAAAUUGUGUACACAAUCUGUGACCAGAAAUUCGGGGAGUCCUCCUACGUCUAUAAACUACAUCAGAGACACGGAAAUAAAAAAUACAGAGAUGGAAUCAACUGAUCUACUUAAAAACCACACAGAUGCUGAGAACGGCUGAGUUUUCCACCCGGUGAAAUGUGAGACCUCGGAGAGAAUUUAUCAUUUGCGGGUUAUC